AGAUGUACAAGGACGACUGGAACAAGGUAUGCGAGCACGUUGGAUCCCGUACGCAGGACGAGUGUAUACUGCACUUUUUGCGACUCCCGAUCGAGGAUCCGUACCUGGAGGAUGACAACACGUUCCUCGGUCCGCUCUCCUACCAACCGAUUCCGUUCAGUAAGGCCGGUAAUCCGAUCAUGUCGACGGUGGCCUUCCUGGCGUCCGUCGUCGAUCCUCGUAUAGCUGCCAGUGCGGCCAAGGCAGCAAUGGAGGAGUUUGCGGCCAUUAAGGACGAAGUACCGGCCACCAUGAUGGAUGCUCAUCUCAAAAACGUAGAGAAAUCCAGCUUCGGUGGUAAGUUUGAUCCCUAUGCGGGGCUGGCUAACAGUGGCAUCGCUGGUACCGCACCGGCCGAGAAGGAAAAGGAAACGGAGGAAGGUGAGAACAAGUCGCCUGCGGCGGUUACAGGAGCAACCCCUGGGACAGCUGCUACUGGUGCAUCGGGUGCUGCUGCAGCUGCUACGGCUGGUGCUUCACCUGCUGCAGCAGGCACGACCGAUGUCGAAAUGAAAGAUGUCUCUAAAAAGGAAGACACCGCUGAUAAAGAGAAGGUCGCUGAAGAGGCCGGUAAAACAUCGGCUGAGCCGGCCGAUAGUUCUCCGGCUUCAUCUGCCGAAGCUGCGAAGACCCCUGGCACUGCGGCCGCAACGGAGAGUGGUGCCGCUAGUCCGUCGGCUACGGCUGCCCCUACUGGGACCUCCGCCGCCACGGCUUCAUCUGAAGGUGGUGGUACCGCAUCGUCCGGUGCCGCCGUUACCAAGGAAAAGGAUGGUAAGGAUGCUCCGGGCGAAUCGGGCACUGUGGUGGCUACGGGCACUGGUACGUCAGCGGUGGCGAAGGAAAAUGGAGGAGCAGAUCCAAAGCUGUUCAACGAGGGCAACCUUCAGGCGGCUGCGGCGGCCGCGCUAGCUGCUGCCGCCGUCAAAGCGAAGCAUCUGGCCGCGGUGGAGGAACGUAAGAUCAAGAGCCUGGUGGCGCUGCUGGUUGAGACGCAGAUGAAAAAACUGGAGAUCAAGCUGCGCCACUUCGAAGAAUUGGAAACGACGAUGGAACGGGAACGGGAGGGACUCGAAUACCAGCGGCAACAGCUGAUCCAGGAGCGCCAACAGUUCCACCUGGAGCAGCUCAAGGCUGCCGAGUUCCGUGCCCGGCAGCAGGCCCACCAGCGAUUCCAGCUCGAGCAAGGCCAGUGGCAACAGCAGCAACAGCAGGCAGCCGCUGCCCAACAGCAACAGCAGCAAGCGGCCGCAGCCGCCGCUCAGCAACAGCAGCAGCAGCAACAUCAGCAUCAGCACCAACAUCAGCAGCAUCAACCAACGCAUGGUGGCCAAGCGGCACUGAUGCAUCAGCAACCGGCGCCAGCAACAGGACCACCUUCGGCGGGUGCGAUGUCGACCCAUAAUGCCGCCAUGCCCGGCAAUCCGGCAGCUAAUGCUCAAAAGCCGCCACCGACGCCAUCUAUCGCUGGUGGUCCAGCAGCAGCAACGGCCACAGCAGCACCGCCACCGGUCACGUCAGUGCCAAUCCCUGGCUCCAACAGCAGCACUCAGCCACCGGUAGCACCAGCAGCGGCGGCGGCGGCGGCAACAACAGGACCAGCAGUCUCCUUAGCAUUGGCCAACCAGCAUCCGGCGGUCAACAGCGGUCCGCACAAUCCAACCAAUAUCCAUCCACCGCCGCCGGCGUCCAACGGUAUUCCACCUUCCUCCAUCCAUCCUCCUCCUUCCUCUACGAAUCCGUCUAUCGACGGCACUACUACGGCAACUAGUGGUAUGCCAGCGGUGGGAGCACCUCCCCACCAUCAGCAUCACCAUCAUCCAGCGGCGGCGACCGUACCCUCAGCAGCACCAGCCGCACCGCCCUCCCCAGCCGCGGCUGGGCCACCAUCGAGCGAUGUGAGUUCGGGAGUUACGGGAGCUCCAGCGGAACAAACACCACCAGCUGGCACGGUAGUAGCACCCGCAGGCCAUCCGCAUCAUCCCGCACACGACCAACCGGGUCAACCUUCGGUGGUCAAUCAGCCGGCGGGAGGACCGGGAGUGUCAUCCCCGGAAGGAGGGGACCGAACAUCAGCGACCGAGACAACGCCUCCUGCAUCGGUCCCCGAAGGUACGGGCCAGGAGACAGUUCCAUCUGAUGGAGCAACUGCUCCACCACCGAUGGCCGCUACCACCACCACAACACCCUCGAAUCCUCCACCAUCUGCAUCAUAACUCCGCAGUAGGAACAAGCGGUUGUUGCGUAGUGGCAUCGGCAGAAAGUGUGCUUACCAGUGCUCUUGAUCCGUGUUCACUCACCCACACGAGUGGUUUUAAUCUGAUGACUCCCAAACCAUAGCACAAGCUGAAACCACCGGCUACACAAACUGUAGUUGAGUGUUCUCAUUCAAAACCCACAACGGUUGCCCCUUAGGCAACACUUAGGUUAAUGCAUAAAUGUGUGUUUUGUAUGUCUCUCGUCCCCCCCAUACUUUCCCCUUCAUCCGCAACCGCACGUAAGCCGUGCGCUCUACUUGAUCUACUUCUAUUAUCCGUGCUGCAUAUAUAGAGGACACCGCUAGACACUGCCGCCCAAGAAGGUCAAUAAUGCGGCGUCGGCGGUUGUGUACUUUCAGCGUUAUUAGUGGCUGACCGUUGCACCCGUCGCAUUCGUAGCAUACUAACAAACACAUAGUAAGGAUGUGGGAUCUAUCGAUAGAUAUAUGGAGUUAGAGUAUAAUUAGAAAAUAGACACCCCACUGUACACCCCAUCUCUACGAGGCGGCUUUCGUCGGAAGCGAGAAAGAGAUAGAGAGAGAGCAAAGCGAAUUACCUAGAACGAUAAGCAAAAUAAAACCUCAUUUCUUCAUUGUCUCAA